GUUAUUGAGCUACAGGUGUCAUGAUCCAACCUCAGCGCUCAGUUAAUCCAAGUUGGGCACGAACGACAAUGAUGAAUGGAGUGACUGUUGCAAUACUUCUGUUGUUGAUUUCCAUCGAAAUUGUGCCAAUUGUUCAUAUGAUCUUUGUCUUGCAUGCUGCCGAGAACUACGUGAAGGUUAUCAACCUGGUGUUAAGAAAUCAGAUUCUGCUCUAAGUUCUUUCCUUGGAGAAAAGUCCAGUCAAGCUACUAGCAUGAAUGGAAGAAUUGACCUAGCACAAAAAAUUUUUGGUUGGCAAGGUCCUAAUGCACUUAAAAAUAUCCAUAAAUUCGUUGAUAAAACUUGCUUCUUUUCUGAUUGGAGGGUGAAUGAUGAUGGUAGCAUUCCAUGCCCUCCUAAAGAGCUUGGUGGAUGUGGCAAUGGUGUCCUUGCAUUGAAGCGCACCUUUAAAUCUAAUUGGGUGGUUAAGCUUAUUAGUAAUGCGGAGAGAUUAACAAACAGUUGUCACUUUGUGGAUGAUGGUGCAUCCGAAAUUUGUUCAUUAUGCCCGGAUAAAUGCUCAUCUAUUGGAGUUGAUCAAAGUACUUUCGCCUUGCGCCGGGCGGCAUUUCGGAAAAAUAGCCAUGACAACUUUUUGUAUUGCCCCAAUGCAAUUGAAUUGGGAGAUUAUGAAUGCGCUCAUUUUCAGAAGCAUUGGAGAAGGGGUGAACCAGUGAUUGUCAGAGGUGUUCUUGAGAGAACAACUGGUCUUAGUUGGGAUCCUAUGGUUAUGUGGAGGGCUCUUCGAGAAAAAAAAAUAAAAAAGUUUAAUGAUGAUGGUUAUGCUGUAAAGGCAGUUGAUUGUCUGGAUUGGUGUGAGGUCGAAAUUAAUAUUCACAAGUUCUUUAAAGGCUAUGUGGAAGGUCGGAUUCAUAAGAAUGGAUGGCCUGAGAUGCUGAAGCUGAAAGAUUGGCCUCCUUCUAGCUUAUUUGCAGAGCGUUUGCCGAGGCACUGUGCUGAGUUUAUUGCUGCUCUUCCGUUUAGAGAGUAUACUCAUCCAAUGGCUGGAAUACUAAAUCUUGCUUCACGGAUCCCUGAAGGUCGUCCCAGCCCUGAUUUAGGCCCCAAAACUUACAUUGCUUAUGGGUUCAAUGAUGAGCUUGGCAGAGGCGAUUCGGUUACAAAACUGCACUGUGAUAUAUCUGAUGCGGUAAAUGUCUUGACUCAUACAACUAAGUUGAUAACGUCUACAUGGCAUACAGAACGGAUUAAAAAGUUGCAGAGGAAAUAUGAUAGUGAUGAUUUUGAGGAACUAUAUAGAGUUGUAGAUAAAACAGGAAUAGCAAAGGUGGAGGAAAAUAUCGAACUGACUCAAGAUUCUGCAAUUUUAAAGUCUAGGAGCACUGAUUUGGAUGAGAAGACGGGAAUGUCCCAUUAUGUAGCGCAAGAUAAGGAGUUGGGAGGAGCUAGCAUUGAACAAUCAGAGGAGAUCCAAGUUAGUUCGAAUGGAAAUGUGCCUGGGUGCUCUUCGCUUGUUGGUUUGAAUAUGGCUGUGACAGAGCAUGCAAUGAAAGGAAGUCUGGUGCUGGAGGAUGGUUUUGAGGAAUGUUGCAAUAACAUAAAGAACCAACGGAUAAAAACUGCUGAUGAUGUCAAGAAUAAUGCAGGAUCCAUGGAAGUCUCUUCUUCAGAGAGCAACCUAUGCAACGAUAUUGAAUUAACAGACAGGCAUGCCAGUGUUGAAAAGUCAGUUUCCCUUGGUUCUGGCAACUCCUUUGAGAAGGAAAUGGUGUUUGAGCAAGGUCAAGCUACUGAUGCAUCAGUACCAAAAGGAGAUGUAAAAAGUAACUUGGACUAUAGCUGCAAUUCGGAAGUUCAUUGUGGUGGUGCUGUUUGGGACAUAUUCCGAAGGGAAGAUGUGCCCCGGCUGAUUGAGUAUCUACAGAAACAUUGGAAAGAGUUUCGCCAUAUUAAUACUCUUCCUCUUAACUCUAUUGUUCAUCCUAUCCAUGAUCAAACACUCUUUUUGAAUGAGAGACAUAAGAGACAGCUUAAAGAGGAAUUCAAUGUGGAGCCUUGGACAUUUGAGCAAUAUCUUGGCGAGGCUGUUUUCAUCCCAGCAGGAUGCCCUCAUCAAGUCAGGAAUAGACAGUCUUGUAUCAAAGUUGCCCUUGACUUUGUUUCUCCUGAAAAUAUUGGGGAAUGUGCUCGAUUAACUGAAGAGUUCCGUUUGCUUCCAAUAACUCAUCGAGCUAAAGAGGAUAAGUUGGAGGUUAAAAAAAUGGUGCUUUAUGCUGCCAGUUCCGCUAUAAGAGAGGCAACAGAAUUAACUUCAAAAAAAGGAUCUGUGGUCGUGCUUCAUUUCAAGCUGCAGGUAGCGGUUGACAUUGUGUGUCUAUGCCCCAAGGAGGUUGUAUGCCCAUUAGAUCUGCUCGUUUAGGAUGCCAAUUGCACCAAUAUAUUGAGAGUCAAAUAGAUGGAAAACCAGGAUGCUAUGCUCUUAAAUGUUGGGCUAGGAUUGACCUCUCAUUUCAAUCCAACCGGCUAGCCUUCCUUGCUCUGGUAACUUCUUAUUUUGCUGAUUGUUUUUUUUAUUCGGGCAUCCUCUCAUUUUACAACAGAUAUAUAAAAACAUUUAUCUCAACCAUACUCUAGCUCCUCUCAAAUGCAUAUUGGCAACUGUCAAACACUUCUUAUAGCCAAUGUAGAUCAGGGCAUUCUUCCAACUCCAUCUCGUAUGCUUCUCUUACCAUGUUUUAUAUGUACCAAAUCUUUCUCACGAUUUAUUAUUAGUUCAUAAAUUGACCUCUGAUUACCCUUGUUCGGGGCUAUUUGAUCCCAAUUGCUUUCUCAUUAAGGAUUUCUAGACCAACAAGACUCUUCUUCAAGGUCCUAAUCUUCACUGGUUGCACCCUAUUUAGUCUUCUACUUCCCAUUUACAGCUGCACUCUGCUACAUCUCAUGCUGCUUCUAUCACCACUCCUAUCAGCAUCAGCGGUUAGGACAUCCAUCUGCAUCUAUACAGUCAUUGCUCCCAGCUCAACUUCAUCUCAACAGGUCGAUCUCCACUUCUUUUCACCGCACAAUCUUGUGCUUAUAUUUUUUUUUUUUUUAAGCUUCUCCUGGAAGUACUAGAUGUUUAGAAUUUUUAUAUACCGAUGUAUGGGCUCCUUCCCCAAUUUAGUCUUUGCAAGCAUACAAAUGUUAUUUUUUGUU